CCUCCACCACCACCCAGAUCCCUCUAUUGCCACCAUUGAAAAAACAGCCACCCUUGCACCGCCACCAAUUUAAUCAAUCUCAUUGUAAAAACAUAUAUCCCUAAGAGAUCAGCACCACCAUCAACCGCCGUUCUUCACCAUGUCAAGUUUGCCGGAGGACCAACUGAACCAGCUCCGGGAAAUAUUUACAAGAUUCGACUUGGACAAAGACGGGUCCCUCACCCACCUCGAGGUGGCGGCCCUCCUCCGCUCUCUUGGCCUGAAACCAAGCGGAGAGCAGAUCCAUAAGCUGUUCAAGAACAUGGAUUCCGAUGGGAGCGGGACUGUCGAGUUUAAUGAAUUGGUUAGCGCCAUGUCAUCGCAGAUGAUGAGCGAAGAUAUUUUGAUCAAUCAACAUGAGCUUAUGCAGAUCUUUCAAUCGUUUGAUAGGGAUGGGAGUGGGUUCAUUACGCCGGCUGAGCUGGCUAAAUCCAUGACGAAGAUGGGUCAGCCAUUGACGUAUCGUGAGCUCUCUGAAAUGGUUCGAAACGCCGAUACUGAUGGCGAUGGUGUGAUUAGUUUCAAGGAAUUUCAAGGAAUAAUGGCUAGAUCUGCAGCCGAUUCACUUGGGUUCACGUUGUAAUGACUUUGAUCUUGAAGGGUAAAUACGUAAGUAAAUGUAAAUGAUUAUUUCCUUUA